CGCGACUUUCCUCUUCCCAGAAACAGGGAUCGUUGCUCAUAAUUUCACGUCUAGUGCACAGUAUAUACCCUAUACCGUUUUUUUCUUUGUUACAGUUUGAACUUUCAUCAUUAAUUUUGUUAGCUGUGUGUUUACUUUGUUGGAAAACUACAGAGAAUAAGCUUUCCAUAUCUCAGUCGCCAUGGCAAUGCAGGUAGAACGGCAAGCUGCUGGUGUGGAAGAGGCAGAAGAUGAAAGCUUUGGACCCAUGCCUCUAAACCGUCUUGAGGCUAGCGGAAUAUCAGCAAAUGACAUCAAGAAGCUGGAAGAAUCUGGCUAUUUUACUGUUGAGUCUGUUGCAUUUGCCCCAAAGAAGAGUUUACUGGCCAUAAAGGGCAUAAGUGAAGCAAAAGCAGACAAGAUCUUGAAUGAAGCUGCCAAAUUGGUACCAAUGGGAUUUACAACGGCAACAGAAUUUCACCAGAAGCGUUCAGAAAUCAUACAGAUAUCUACAGGCUCCAAAGAACUGGACAAGCUCUUACAAGGUGGCAUUGAGACGGGGUCAAUCACAGAAAUAUUCGGGGAAUUUAGAACUGGAAAAACCCAGAUUUGUCACACACUAGCUGUAACUUGCCAGCUACCUAUAGACAUGGGUGGUGGUGAAGGAAAGGCUUUAUAUGUGGACACAGAAGGCACAUUUAGACCAGAGAGACUGUUGGCUGUGUCAGAAAGGUACGGCUUAUCUGGUAGUGACGUCCUGGACAAUGUGGCAUAUGCCAGAGCAUACAACAGUGACCACCAGUCCCAGUUACUCAUACAGGCAGCUGCCAUGAUGGCAGAAUCAAGGUAUGCUCUGAUGAUCGUGGACAGUGCUACUGCCUUGUACAGAACGGACUACUCAGGCCGAGGAGAACUCUCUGCCAGACAGAUGCACUUGGCACGCUUUUUACGCACAUUGCUGCGACUGGCUGAUGAGUUUGGUGUUGCCGUGGUGAUAACUAACCAGGUGGUGGCUCAGGUGGAUGGGGCAGCCAUGUUCUCUGCUGAUCCCAAGAAACCCAUUGGUGGAAAUAUCAUAGCUCAUGCCUCAACCACAAGGUUAUAUCUUCGUAAAGGCCGCGGAGAAACAAGAAUUUGUAAGAUUUAUGAUUCACCUUGUCUUCCCGAAGCAGAAGCCAUGUUUGCUAUAAACGCUGAUGGUAUCGGAGAUGCCAAAGACUGAGUCUUUGAAUAGACACUGCAAUCUCUUUAUCAUUUGGUCGAAGCUGCUCACCUGGUAUGAGUCUUACCAGUACUUCUAGACCCAGAUCUGCAAGGAGGAGGAAUCAAAUACACCAUAUAAACAAACAAAAAAAAAACAAAAUGUUUACUGGUACUAUCUAAUAAUUUGUUUGAUUAGACAUGACAAAACAAGAUAGUAUUGGGCUUUUAUUUCAUUCGAGCCAUUGCAGUGUACUUUAUUACCAUGAUGCUAUUAUGGAUGUGUUAAAAUGAACGUACUUGACCUUUUGUAUUAAAUGUCUGCUCUUCUCUAAAUUAUCUUGUGAUGCUGUGACUGCUUGUAUAAUUCACACCCACAUUUCCACAUGAACAUCAAAACACAUUGUAAUAAACAGAUCAGCAGUUUGCUGCUCAGCUGUAAUGUUGUCAAAAAGGCACCUUCAAGCUUGUAUCAUGGGAUCAGCUACUGUGAGUGGUAACUGUUGAUGGGGGACACAUUUGUUGGUCUGUGUCACUUUUCAACACACCAAUGAAUUGGGCUGUUGAUUGCCACCUGGGCGAGCAUUGUGUAAACAAAUGGCAAUCUGUAAACCAGUCAUUCGGGGUAUUAAAAACAUACAGCAUAGACAGGGAUUGGCUAACAGUAGAGACAAGAUUUCCUGGGUUAAGGACUACAGCCUUGGUCACACAUGAAUAAAUGCACUAUACUUAAAAUUCAUAGUAGCUUAGGCUUGCCUAUCAGCCAGUCAGUGAUGUAAAUACUUUAUUUAAGAAACAAAUCCAGUUUUAUAAAUAAUCCAUUUUGUUUGUUAGAUAACGGUAAAACACUAAGUUCAUUGGUCAGUAAGUUAAGCCGUCAUGCAAAGUCAGUUUCAUCAUAAUGAAUUUAAUAUGGGUACCCAUAUUACCUGUAAUGAGUUACAGGUCAAGUUUGGUGUAGGUCAGUACACAACUACAUUGCUUUGAGUUACAGAAAAAAUGACGUCAAUCAUUAGACCAGAUUUUCUGAUUUAAUCGCGUUUCACCACUGACAGAAAGUUGAGAGUAUUCUCCUUCUGUCAAGAGGACAGGGAUUUGUACAUUUACAUGUAGCAGUGUGCUCUCUUCAAAAAGUGCCUUUUGUUUUAUUGUGAAAUUGUGCUUCAUUAAUUUAGUAAGUCAAACAUACACCUGUAGGGUAGACACAGGUACAUGUACCGUAGCUAAGAUGGUUUUGUCAUAGCUUAUCGAUCUCCAAGUU